UCUUUCUCGUCUAGCGUUUCAUAAAAUUUGGUCGACAUAACUCGUCAUUGUUGUGGCCUCGGCAGCGCCGUGCGUGGAAACUGCCAACUGAUCACUAUGGCUCGUAAGUCAGGGUAAUGACGGCAACACGCAGUCCACAGCCGAAGAUCUUUCCUCUUUGCACAAAGCCGUUUUUUUUCAGUUUAAUAAAAGUAAAAUAAUAACAAAAAGCAAUUUUCCAGUCUUUUCCUCUAAUUUUUAUAAUUAUAUUUAUUUAUAUUAAAAUAUAAAGGCAAAAAUCAACGGCGUGUGGAAAACGCUGGGCCAAUAGUGGGAUUGUUCUUUAAUCCUUUUUUCCUUCUAGAUAUUCGUAUUUAUUUUAAUAAAUAUAAGUCCUCAAAAAAAAUUAGGGAUGUCAAAAAUAUCCGUAAUCGUGGGUAUCCGCCCGAAUCCGACCUAAUCGGGUAGGGUAAAACCCGAACUCGAAGGACUUUUAGUGGGUACGGGUAAAACUCGAACCCGAAUAUUGCGGGUAAUGAGUGGGCAUGGUUUUCUCACUAUCCAACCCGAACACGCCCGAUUAUAUACAUGCAUAUAUAUUUUGUCUAGAAAUAAUCAAUAUUUUUCUCUAACAUACUUUAUAUUUAGCAUAUAAAUAUCAUUUUUUAUGAAAUUGUGUUGUUUUAAUUAAUUUUCUUCAUUCUAGUGAAUUAUUGUCGCACUUUUCGUCUUACGUAACGUGAGAAUACGUGUAAAUAUUAACAUAUUGGUUGGAGUUAUAAAGAAAAACUAUUAUCCAUGGAUAACCGUGGAUACCCGAAACCUGAACGGAUAUGAGCAUGGUUUGCAUUUUCUACCCGUUUCUUAUGUGAGUAUAGGCAUGGGUAAAACCCGAACUACUUUGAAUAGAAUAACGAAUAUGCACUAUCCGGAGUCCCCGACCCGUUGCCAUCCCUAGAAAGAAUGCACACAAAAAAUGAAGAAAACAAUCCCCAUUUGAUAUACUUUAUGAAUUAUUUUGGGGGAAACCAAAAGGACAGAAAAAGAAGGGAGAGAAGGAAAGGUAACAAAAACAGCACCAAAGAAGUUUUUUUCUUCUUCUUUCCUUUUCUUUUCUUUCGGGUGAGAGAGAGAUAUUCGAGAAGAAACAAAUUCUCUCCUCCUCAACGAAGCGCGCCGUGGGGCUGUCCGAAGUCUCGCUGGAAACGAAUCCCCCCACCCGGCAACGCAACCUCAACCCCGCUAAUACACCAAUUUCGAUCUACCCCACAGAGAAACCCCUACAAAAAAGAGCGCUAAAAAAACCAAUCGCAUUUUCGAUCUGGAACUUCAUUCUUCUCCCGGGUUUCGCACUUUUGGUAAGUUUUGAUUCCAGGUGAAACUGGGUUAUGAUUGUUGUUUCCAGAUUUUUGGUGGGUUUGUCUCGAAUUUCCUGAAAUUGUUUCCAAAAUGUCGUCUUUAGAUUCUCCAGCUGCGAGUCUCCUCCUCCUCCACCACCUCUUGUUUUCCGGCGAAGCAGCAAGAGGGGGGGAGAGAUGGAUUACGAGAGCAGUAGUUGGAUCUGGGAUGGGGUUUACUGCCAUCCGCAUCUCUUCGGCGGCCUGAUGCUCACCGCCGCCUUGCUGGGUUUAUCCACCAGCUACCUCAGCGGGAUUGGCUUCUCUUCUUUCCCCUAUAUGUUCUCCGAUCUGGGCAUCUUCCCUGCCAAGAGGCGGGAGAACAAGAAGCGGGUCCGUGUCUACAUGGAUGGCUGCUUCGAUCUCAUGCAUUAUGGUCAUGCGAAUGCAUUGAGACAAGCCAAGGCCCUGGGGGAUGAAUUGGUGGUUGGAGUUGUGAGUGAUGAGGAGAUCAUUGCCAAUAAGGGCCCUCCUGUUUUGUCCAUGGAAGAGAGAUUGGCCCUCGUGAGCGGAUUAAAAUGGGUGGAUGAAGUAAUCGCCGACGCUCCUUAUGCUAUUACGGAGCAAUUCAUGAACAGUCUGUUCAAUGAGCAUAAGAUUGACUAUAUCAUACAUGGUGAUGAUCCUUGCCUUCUUCCUGAUGGAACCGAUGCCUAUGCCUUGGCCAAAAAAGCCGGCCGUUACAAGCAAAUUAAACGGACUGAAGGUGUUUCCAGCACAGAUAUUGUAGGAAGGAUACUUUGCACGACCAAGGACGAUGAGGUUCGAGACAAUCAUGAUGGUUCAUCACCUUUACCCGCUGAUAAGGGAAAUCAAUCCCAUAGUUCCCAUGUAUCACAAUUUUUACCAACCUCUAGAAGGAUAGUGCAGUUUUCUAAUGGCAAGGGGCCAGGGCCAAAUGCUCGUGUUGUUUACAUUGAUGGAGCAUUUGACUUGUUCCAUGCUGGGCAUGUUGAGAUUCUCAGAAAAGCUAAGCAGCUUGGAGACUUUCUACUCGUUGGGAUCCAUACAGAUCAAAUUGUCAGUGAACAGAGAGGGAGGUAUUACCCAAUCAUGCAUUUGCAUGAGCGUAGCCUUAGCGUUCUAGCAUGCCGUUAUGUUGAUGAAGUCAUCAUUGGUGCCCCGUGGGAGGUCUCCAGGGACGUGAUAACAACUUUCAACAUUUCGUUGGUUGUGCAUGGGACUGUUGCAGAGCGAAACUCCUCAUCACCUGGAGGAAGUGAUCCUUAUGCAGUCCCAAAGGCCAUGGGUAUUUUCAGGAUGCUCGACAGCCCUAAAGACAUAACAACCACAUCAGUCACCAAACGAAUCAUUGCUAACCACGAGGCUUACACGAAGCGAAAUGCAAAAAAGACUCGGAGCGAGAAGAAAUACUACGACGAGAAGGUGUACGUUUCAGGGGACUGACAGAACAGACUGAGCAAGUAAAGAAGUGUUUGUGCAGCAGCAUAUGUAGGCUAUGUUAUAUGGUUUGUUGGAAGGAAAGAACCCGUAGAAGAUGGAACCAUGUUUGCCCCCAAAAUGGUUCAGAGAAAUGGUGGCCAAAGGUGUCAUUCAGUUAAUGCUAGAAUCAUCAUCAAUAUCAUGCAGAGGCAGAAAGAUGAAAUCAGAGCGAUUCCCGCGGCCAUCACAACAGCCUUGAACUGCUGCUGCCCCCCUGUGAUUCUUUCAGGUUUCGUAGUCGAAGCAGCCAGCAGAAGCCCUCCAGAGAACUUUAUCAUUAAGUAGAAAUGUAGAACAGUUAAAAUUAGUUUGAUCUUGUAGGGAGAGGGGCCUUCUUUCUGGUUUUCGCUGCUGGGUUUCUAUCCUUUUUUUUUUAUUAUCCUACAUUACGUCCCAUUCUUUCAGUACCUUGAGAUCGUGUACUCUCAAGGUGGGGGAUGACCGGGUGAGGAAACGCAGUUGAUUUUGGUGAGUGGAUUAUUGCCGAGCUAACAAAAAAAAUGCUAAGCCUGUAUUUGGAAGGACUUGAUCCAAAUCAAAGGUACAUUAUGGUAUUCUAAAUUGUUAAUGGGAACUUAACGGUUUUGUUUAUUAUGAGUUUGUUAAGCCGAGCUAAAAUAAAGAUGCUAAGUUAAUGGGAACUGCUUUGUCUAAAUGUUGAUAAUUUAUUGAUACACCUUAUGUUCUACAGAAGGUCAAGAGAAAAAGGACAAAGCCCUAGACCCCUUACACCCUCUCUAUAGUAACCAGGUUACAAAAUCGAGCGAUCCUAACUCUAAAAGUAGUCAUGAUUUAUGAACGGGGUUUUACAUGCCAUAAAGGUAGUUCAAUUGAUAUGAGGAAUCGUAUAGAAAUUAUGUCGUCUGCAAAAGAAGCCAGUUGGAAGCCUCGCCAAGGUAGGAUCUCCCAAGGAGUCAUAGCAAACACCCUUUAUGGAACUAAAAGAUGACGACUUUUGAAUCGCCCUCAAUAUUCAUGUCUGGACAACUAAAGGCUGGAUGCAAAGAGAAUGACAGCUCAGAUUACAGGAAGCUCUAGGAUGCACGAGUUUUGAGAUGCCAAGAUGAUGACACCACGAAGCCAGAUUAACAAAUUCGUUAGAGCCCGAAACAACUAUGCCUAUAGAACAAAAAAAAUCCCGACAGACGUUAGUGUCAAAAUUGACUUUUAAGAAGCCAUGAAUGGGGAACACCACUUGAGUAUGGGCAGACGAAAAGGGAGUGACUGAAAAAAGGAGGAAGCAUAAAGACAAAUUUCCAAACUUGAAAGAAAUCCGGACGCGACUAAAACACUGAAAAUGUUGUUAAGUAAGCUAAAUAUUUACAUGUACGAGACUUGUAGAUUCUAAAUAAUAGAAAAAUAUGAAAUUAGGAUGAUGAUAGUGUAAAUUUUACCAAGAGCCAUAAAAUACGGCCACGUCA